AUGGAACAUCCGCCGUUCAUAGAUGAUUUCCCCCAUAUCUUCGUGUCACAGUCGAUUAGCCAUUUUUUGUAUGCUCAGUGCAACGUCCAGGAGUAUGUGCUGGCGAGCAGUGAGAAGCUCUCAUCACCAGAAGUGGUGGGCUAUGACUUCAACCAAGGAGUGGACUAUGAAGCCUUGCUUCAAUCCUUUGUCACCACAGGCUUCCAAGCCACCAACAUGGGCAAGGCCAUGAUGGAAAUUGAGCGAAUGCUCGACUGGUCCCUGGCAGAUGAUCCUGUGCCAGAGGAUGAGGUGGAUGAAUUUAAAGAUGUGGAGGCCAGGCGGAAAGUCCGCACCAAGAUUUGGCUCUCCUACACCUCCAAUAUGAUCAGUAGUGGUGUGCGUGAAACCAUCCGCUUCCUGGUGCAGCACAGCAUGGUGCAGGUCAUGGCUUUUUUUCACAUCCCAAGACAUGUUUUGGUUCUUCCGCUUCCAUCAACCCCAGUGGCCAGCUGCGCCAUGGCGCUUGUGGCGCUUGGGCGCGGCGAGCUGUACACGGAGGACGAGCUGAAGACGCUGCUGGCGCGGGAAAUCUCAAAGAGACCCUGGCCCACGGUGGGCACGGUGGUCAGUAUCUCACAUGACUGGGACGGUCCCUCCACCUACAACAGCGAGGAGUUCCUGUCGCUGAAGUCGCAGGACCGCGUGCGCGUGACCGAGGUGUCGCCUUUAGGCGCCUGGCUGCGGGGCACCGUGGUGGGCUCCAAUCGCUCCGGUUGGUUCGGGGGACCCGGAUGUGAGGCAGCCAUGUCAGUGAACCUGGACGUCCCCCUGGGCAGCGAAAUGGACGAGGAGUUACCCUUUUCCAAGGCUGAGCCCGAAGCCUUUGACGAGGAUGAUGGCGAUCUCGGGGACCUGGAAAAGGACCUUGAGGACUACGUGGCCCGAAACCAUGUGGACUCUUCAGCUGCAACGGCCCUGAAGGCGGUGAACGCAACGGCGCUGAGUCCGGAGAUGCAAGCGGAAAUCAUCAAGAACGACAUGACGAACUGCCGCAGCCCCUCCGCCGUGCUGUUGUCGCGCAUCGACAAAUUGAAGGCCCAGUGGCCCCACACCGGAGCCCCUGGGCGCCCAGUGGCGCCCACGGUGGCACCGCGCAAGGCGCCAGGCGGUUCGGCCGCGCCCACGGUGCCGGCUCGGGUGCUGCCCAGUACGGCGCCCGGUGGGGCCAUGCCGCAGCUCAGAGGGUCUGCGGCACGGAGCCGGAGUCCCAGGGGACAUCCACAGGUUCCACAUCGGAAGGAAACGAAGGAGAACUGGGAAAAAGGUCUUGAUGUGGAAGACUUCAUCGAACGGCACCAGUUGGAUGAGCGAGCGGUGGUGCAACUUCGAUCAUUACCACCCGAAGAGCUGCAGAUUAUUGUGAAUGCUGAUUUGACCAAUGCGCGCAAUCCCUCUGCCGUGGUCUUGUCCAGAAUCCAACGCGUCCGCGACGAUGGCCAUCGCGCCGAUGCCCAUCGUCAUGCAGUUGAGGAGUACUUGUCGCGAAAUUCUGUGGAUGAGGUGGCGGGCGGAGCUCUCAAAAUGCUGCCGAUGGAGGUGCAGCAGCAGAUUAUGCAGAGCGACCUGAGCAACUCCAGAAACCCAUCCGCCGUGCUGCUGUCGCGCAUCCGCGCGGCUGAAGCGAGUCUGGGAGUCCCUGCCGGGCAGCCCCCGCCGCCGGGUGGCGGGGGCUGGGGCCAUGGCGGCCACGGCGGCCACGGCCAUGGAGGUAGCCCCCCAGCGCCUCAGGGUGGCUGGGGCCAUGGAGGGGGUGGUGGUGGAUGGGGUCCAGCAGGGCAGAUGGUGGAAGACUUCAUCCAGCAGUAUGGCUUGGAUGAGAAGGUAGCUGUGGAUCUUCGCAUGUUGCCCGAGGAAGUGCUACAGGAGGUGAUGAGUUGCAACAUCAGAAAUGCACGCAACCCUUCCGCCAUGGUGCGCUCCAGAAUACAGGCCGUGCAAAGCAAGUCCAAGAUCUUUUACAUGGUGGAAGACUACUUGGGCCGUUAUGAAGUGGAUGAAGUGGCUGCGAGCGCACUGAGGAACGCACAACCGGAGGUACAGACGCGGGUCAUGGAAGAGGAGAUGGUGAACUGCCGCAAUCCGUCGGCUGUGCUGAUUAGCCGCAUCAGGGCAAUUGAGAAGGGCCAACGCUGAGCGACAUGUGACGAUGCGGUUUCAGUGGCGACAUCCGGAGUU